AUGACUGCCCCCUCGAUACCUCGUAUACGAGCCCGGAAGCCUAAAGUUCGUUCCGGGUGCGUCACAUGUAAAGCGCGAAGAGUCAAAUGUGGUGAAGAACGACCGGUAUGUCGCCGUUGUCAGAAAAGCUGGCUGCCUUGUAAAUACAAUCCUCCCGAGACAAACCAAGAAAAACACCAAAACUGCUCUCACGAGCAUCCCGUGACCUCAUUUCAAGCCGAUGCCAGCGAUAAAUGCGACUCACGACUGCUUUCGAGAGUGCGAAGAGUAGACUUUGAAGAGUUUGAUACUCUCUACCUUGACCUUUUUCGAAGCGCCAUAGUGCAGAACCUCUGUUUGAAUGGAUACACCAACUUCUGGUCGCGAACUAUACUUCGAGAGAUCUUCCGAGAUGAGUGUGUGCGUGACUGCGUGCUUGGAAUUGGUGCAUUGCGCCGUGCUAUGGUGGACGAGACCCAACAUGCAAGUUCCUUGGAGCCGUCAGCACUUUGGAUUGUCCCGAAGGUUGCCACUGCCUCCCUAAGUACGAGGUAUCAAAGAGAUGCCAUCCGAUAUUACACUGAGUCAAUUUCCAAGUUUCGAUCAAGAUUGUCGCGAGAAGGAUCAUCCACCCCGCCGCGAACAAUUCUCAUCCUCAGCAUUCUCUUUGUCAUGUUCGAGGCAAUACAAGGGAAUAGUGAAUCGGUUGAUCGGAUCAUUCACACCACGAUGCUUACGCUAGAAGAUUGCGCGCCUGGUCUGGGCGCUGAAGAUCAAGGGUCGAACUCCUUAGACGACGAGGGCGUUCGCGAAGCAGAUUAUUUCCUCACUCGCUUCUCCGGAUAUAACUCUUUGCUCAGCCCAUUUUACCCAUCGCUAUUGAGAGGUCCGGUCUUCCAGCGAAACUGGUCGCUGGCGGCCAAGAUUCCAAGCUGGUCAGACGAUUUACAACAAGUCGAACUCGCUUUCGAACGGUAUACGACUUCUUCCUUGAUUUGGUUUCUCCGAAUUUGCCAGGCCAACAUAUUCGGCCAUCCGACAGACCCUGUGAAGAACCAAGACGAGCAGCUCAUUAUCCACCUCCAAGCAAACGACUGGUGCGAGUUCAUAUCAACGAAACUAGGCCAAGAAACGGAUCCCCUUCGGCACCGGACUUGGAAGAUGAUGCUAGUGGAGGCCAAGAUGUUCAGAAUCUACUCGACGUAUUCCCGCGAUGCGGAAGAACGGGAACUCCUGUGGGAUCUGCAAGUAGACGACUGCCGGGAAGUCCUUUCCAUUAUAGAGUCGAUCUUAGACGAAUUGACUUCGCUCACCGCGUUGCCGCCCCUUUUUGAAGAUAAAUUGCUCCCGACGUUGCGUUGUGUAGCGUGGAAAUGUCGCGACUAUGAAAUCCGAAUGAAAGCACUUGGGCUUUGUAAACGACUGGCCGGGCCCUGGUUCGAAAAUCGAGCUGUCCUAGUCGGUUUGCGGAUAAUGAUAGAGCUGGAAGAACGAGAUAGAGAUGAGUCCGGAUUUAUCCCCCUGCGGUCGAGGUAUAGGUGGAACAUAUCGUCAUUCAAUGACGAUCGUACCGAAUUGCGGAUAGGUUUGAUGAGAUUAACUACCGGCGCUCGCAAGGAAUUUACCAUUCGCCAGGAUGGGAAUAUCGAUGAUCUGGUCCAAAAACUGGCAGCGUCGUCUGCCAAAUCAUAG